CCGCCUCCUCCGCCUCCUCCCGCCCCCUCCUCCCGCCAUGACUUCCACGGCGGCCGCAGGGCGCCUCGGGGACGUGCACUUCAGACCGCGGAGCGGACAGUUCCGCAAGACCUUGGCGACAGCUUGCCUCUGGAGCCACGGAGCCUUGUCUGGGCACAUAUGAAUAAUGUACCACUGCUCGCCGAGAUAGUGGAACGCGCUUGUCUAAUUGCAGAGGCAUGUGAUGAUCGAUCUGAUCUGCGAUGAGGAGCAGGCUGAAGAGCGCGCUCGAGGGAGAUGUCAUCGACGCCAGCAGAGAGACCGCCUCGGUGCGCCACAGCCGACCACCUCCUCGUGGCAAAGUUCCCUGGCGUGCACCUCGCCUUGCCUCUAGCUUCCUCCUUGGCACUCCUCUCCCCAGUUCUCCUUGGUGUUAUCAUGCCCUCUCUAUCUGCCCUCCACUCGCAGCCCUGCCUCGGAUGGAGCAUCGCGGUGUGCGCGGUGGCAGCCUGGGUCGUGGUCGUCUACACGACGCUGGUGGCCAAGGCCAUGCCAGUAACUGGCUGGGCGGUGCUGGACUGGGUGCGGGCAGACACGUUCUUCUGCCACCUGCUGCCGAUGCUGCUGCCGACGCUGGUGCUGUUCCGGUACUGGAGCUGGUAUUCGCUGGAGUCCUUCAAGAACACGUAGCGGUGCGGGCGCGACCUCCUGGUGGCGAGCAGCUGCUUGGGCGCACGAUCGGGCUGUGUCCCCAGCGCAGUCGCCCGCCGGCGGUAAGGAAGAAAACCGCCCUGGGAGCAUCCAGCGCUGCAGGCGUUUCGCGCAUGCGCCAAGUGUGCCCUGUCCGCCCUGCAUGGCAUAUUCCCCUCCCUCCCUCCCUCCCUCCAUCCAUCCCCCUCUCUCUCUAUCCAGUUUCGGC